AUGGACAAAAAUAAUAUCACAUAUAUGCUAGACGAGGACAAUAAAAGUGAGACUUUACAUUUUUUAUCUUCUUUAGAAAAAAUACACUCAGGCUGCUGUUUGAGUAUUGCUUGGCAUCAAUAUAGAGAUGAAUUUGGGUGUAUAUUAGGUGUAAAUAAGAAAGGAGAAUUAAUAAAAAUGGAAGAAAAAGUGUAAAAUACAUCUAUAGGAGGUUUAUUUAAGUCUAAAAUUGUUGAAAGUUAUAGUGUAGUGUACUCAGAUGUUAUUUAAAAGCAGAUUGUGGGUAUUUUUGAAGUUGAAGACAAGAAAAUUUAAUUAAUUUUAAAAAAAGACUCAUUUAUAAACCCCAGUAGGGUUUUUUCAAAAGGGGAUUUCUAUGGAGUUGUAGAUAUUAUGAAUGGGAAUGAUAUGGAGGAAAUUAUUGGGGAGAACAAUGGGAAGGUUAAGGAGUAAAUGAUGAAGAUGAAGCUGAAUAAAUGCGAGUUUUUUGAUGUGGAGAAAAAUUAGGGCUUCAUAAAAAUCGGAAAGGCGAUAAUUGAACCAAAAAAUGUGUUCUGGAAUCUAACUUAGAGUGUAUGUGUAUGUGUUUAUGAAGAUUUCUGUGUAGUUAUUAAAAAUAAAGGAAAUGUGUUUAAAUAUUUUAAAACUAUAAAUAAUCUGAGUGUGUAUUCAGGAUAUUUCAUGGAGAAUCUGUUCUUUUAUGUUACUGAAGAGACUGUAGGUGUACUCAUUAGUGAUCUAUAGAGUGAAGUUUUGAACAUUAAAUUGGCUAAAUUGGAAGGGAAAGUUAAUGUAGGAGAUAUAUUGAAUCUAGAAGAUAUUAUAGGGGUGAAUUUCUACGAUGGUAUAUACCCAGAAGUACAAAAAAGAGCAAGCGGAAAAUUAGAAAUGUUAAUGGUUUAUGAUUUUAGGCUUAUGAUGAUAAAUGAAAAAAGGGAAAUUUCAUUUAUUAACCUAAAUCAUGGGUUUUUGAAGUUUUGUCUAUUUUUAUAACAUGAAGAGUUCAAUAAUUGCCUGGAAAUUAGUAAGAUUUUUGAUCAGAGUCUACAUUAUAUUUUUGCAGAUAUGUUUAUUGAAAAAGGAUAGUUUGAAGCUUGCAAAAAAUUGGAAGGAUUAAGCUUAAUCGAUAAAAUGGUUAUUAGUUUAAAUGGAGGAGAUUACAAUGUUGGAUUGGGAGCGGUUUUUAUGGAAGAUUAUGAAAUGGAAUAUAAGAAAAAUAUUUUUAAUUAUAUUGUAGUUAAAUUACAUUAAAUGGGGAAAAUUUAAGAAAUGGAUGAUAUUAUUAAAAUUGGGAUUUAAUAAAAUAUGUAUUUUUUUUGUUUUUUAUAUAUUAUGUAUUUUAUUUUUUUAGAGUUGAUGAAAAUUCGAUUGAAAUUUUACUUAGCAAUAAUUAAGAUUUAAUUAGUUUAUAUUGUAUGA